UUAACGAAUGUACUUUCACCUACAAUAAAUCUAGGACUAUAAAUAUGUGCGGACGCUACUACCAGUCAUUGUUAAAGCGGAAGACAUCCGCUAAAGAGUUGAAUUUGCUUCGCUUCUUUUAACAGUAAAAAUAACAUCAAGAUGCAUUCGUUAUCUGUUGUGGUUUGCGCCUUAUUCGUACAGUGCUUAGCCGGGGCCGUUGAAAAACGGGAAGCUCCUCUACCCUCUAAUACGUACUUACCGGCGAAUUCAGGAUUUGGGGGAGGUCACUCGCAAAAUGGCUACAAUUAUAAUGCACCCCAGAAUUUCGGAGGCGUAAGUGCUAACGGUGCGUUUAAAAGUUCUGGUUUUGGCGGCAAAUCUAGUGUUAGUGGAAGUUACCUACCUCCUUCAACUAGCUACGGAACCCCCUCUCAACAAUACGGGACACCCUCCUUCGGUGGUCGUGAUUUCGGAUCCAGACCCUCAUCGCAAUAUGGAGCUCCAUCUUUCGGUGGACAGUCCGGACAUGGAAGUUUCGGUGGACAUUCCGGGCAUGGAAGUUUCGGUGGACAUUCCGGAAGUUUUGGUCAACCAUCGUCCCAAUACGGAGCACCUUCUUCUGGAAGUUCAUUCGGAUCUAGCUUCGGAAAAUCGUCGCCAUCUCAAAGCUACGGAGCGCCUUCGCAGUACAGUGCACCCUCAUCUCAAUACGGCGCACCAUCUUCUCAAUAUAGCGCUCCCUCUUCCCAAUAUGGCGCUCCUUCAUCUGGAUCGCACGGAUUCGGAUCUGGAUUCGGUAAAUCGUCACAAAUCUCUCAACAGUACGGUGCUCCAUCAUCCCAAUAUGGUGCUCCUUCCUCCCAAUACAGCUCACCUUCAUCCCAAUACAGCGCGCCUUCGUCACAGUAUGGUGCUCCCUCGUCCCAAUACGGCGCACCUUCAUUCGGAGGAUCUGGGUCUGGAUUCGGAAAAUCGCCAUCAUCUCAAUACGGAGCUCCAUCGCAAUCGUACGGUGCACCAUCCAAAUUUUCAUCGUCUCCAUCUCAAAGCUACGGAGCACCUUCCUCGUUCUCUUCGCCCUCUCAACAGUACGGCGCUCCAUCCCAGAGCUACGGCGCACCUUCAGGCCAUAGCUCCGGACACGGUCAUGGAUCCCGUCCUUCAUCUUCCUAUGGAGCACCAUCAUUCGGCAGCGGAGGCUACUCUGGAUCAGGAUUUGGUGGCGCUUCAUCCUUCGGUGGUGGACACUCGGGCGGUUACCAAGGACAUCAUGGAGGUUCCUCUCCCUCGCAAUCUUAUGGUGCUCCAUCCGGCGGUCAGGGUUACGCCAACAAUGGUGGGUAUUCAUAUUAGAACGAAUUGUGCAUUGUAAACUAAUUUGUAAAUAAACAUUAAAGUAUUUAUUGCAUAAAUUAGAAAAAUAAAUAA